CAAUUUAGAGUUGAUCACAUAGCACUAACAAAUUAAUAACUUAAUUGUUUUAACAAGUGGAGAAAAUGUGAUUCCUUAGCACAUUUCGGAGAGGAUGGCAUGUAAGCAACAACAGGUGCAUUGUGACAGUUACCCAGGUGACCACAACAAACAAUGCCGAAAAACGCGCGGGUGACCCUUUGCAACGGACCUUAUGAAUCCAAUGGAGUAGUAGAACACAGGAACUUCCGCCUGCAGGGUCUUCAGGCCGCUCUGACAGCGCGCGGGCACCAGUGCGUCUUGGAAGACACGCGCGAGUGGAACAUGGUGAAGCUCGUGGUCAACGGGGAGGUCGUCUUCCGCUGUAAUAUAAAGCACCUGGAGUUCGGUGGAGAUGGACAAGUGGACCCUGUUUGCAAAGAAGCUGUUAAUGCUGUGGAGAACGCUUACUGAAGAUAACAGAAAUGAAA